CGUCUCACAAGGACAGUAUCACAAACAGGCGAAAGAUGGAUAGCACUGACCCUCUGCCACUGUCUCCUUUUAUUAACAACAGCUUUGCAAAGACGAAAGAAGGAAGCUUGUUAAAUCAGGUGAUGCCAUCUAAAACCUCCACCGUGGCCACCGUGAUCCAAGUGGUGCAAAGAGUGGUGCAGAACAGCUGCAUAAGGGCCUGUCAGCUGCUCUGCCUGCCUUUUGACCCUGUGAUGUGUGAAAAAGUCACAUGUUGCUCAGCUGAAACUCAUCAGCCCAAGGAGAAUAAAAACAUUCAAGCAAUGGCCCUUCAGAGUCCGCCGUCAACAAUACUGAUCGUCAACAUCAGCAACUCCACGUUGAUUGACUGCGUCAUUGGAAACGGCACCCGUCCAGUGGUCGAGUGUCAGCCUCUCAUGCAGGAAACUGAGCGCCACAUGAAAGGUCAGAUGAGGUUUAGCUGCUACGGCGGGAAACAGGAGUCAGCACAGGAUGCUGCUUUGCCACCACUUCUUCCAUCAGAAGAGCAUCCGAGUAUCAGCAUCCACAGCUCCCACGUCAGCUACACCAUCAUUGGAGACAACAACAGCAUGCAUGUUGAUAUGAGCCAGCCGUCCAACUAAAACGGAAGAUUCACAAGUGUGCCACAUGUACACACACAUGCAGACUCAAGAAACACUGUAGCCACGAUUAUAACUUCAGCUUAGUAUCAGGGCAAGGGCAGUUCAUUAUUAUAAAACACAAAAAAAGAGCUGUUUUGUGGACAUUUUGAUUGAAUCGUGGCUCAAGAGUUGGGAGUUCGCCUUGUAAUCGGAAGGUUGCCGGUUU